CCGCAGGCCCCGGUCCCGCGAUCCGCCCGCGGCUCGGCCGGCCCGGCGCGCGGACAGAGUCUGAUCUGCUGGCUUCUCGCUGCUGAUCUCACCUUUCACCUGAAGAGGCCAGUGAAUCUCUCAUCCUCUCCUCCCACCCAUUGAGUCUCCCAAGUGUCCACAAUCUGGUUGUGCUUGGGCCCCGCCUCUGACAUUCUCUGCUGGCCUGGUUCAUGUAUGCUGAAGACUGGGCUGCGUGAAGACCUUGCUUACAGGGAAGAUGGCAGCUCUUCAUACAACUCCAGAUUCCCCAGCUACCCAGCUGGAGAGGGUAGAGGAUGGGUCAGAGUGUGAUUUUGACCAGGAGGAGGAAGAGGAAGAAGAAAAAGGGAAAGAGGAGGAGGUGGAGGAGGAGGAGGAGGAGGAAGAAAUAGUAGUGGAAGAGGAAGAAGAGGAGGACAUGGCAGAGGUGGUGGAGGAGGAGCAGGUGCAGGAGGUGGCAGAGGUGGAGGUGGAGGCAGAGUUGGAGGAAGAAGAUGACGAUGAUAACGACACGGAGGAGGUGAUGGCAGAGGAGCAGAGUCCAGGGUUGGGGACCCCUGAGUGUCUUAACCAUGGUGGUGAUGCCAAGUCCCCAGUUCUUCAGGAAAAGGCCCUGCAGGCUUCCCAGGUUACUGCUCAGGAUGAGGAUCUGGAGGAGGAAGAGGAAGAGGAGGAGGAGGAGGAAGAAGAAGAUGAGGAUGAUUUUCUUACAGCUGGGUCUCAGGGACUGGUGACCUUUGAAGAUGUGGCUGUGUACUUCUCUCUGGAGGAGUGGGAGAGGCUGGAUGCAGACCAGCGGAGYCUCUACCAGGAAGUAAUGCAGGAGAACUAUGGGAUCUUGGUGUCCUUAGGAUACCCAAUCCCCAAGCCAGAUCUGAUCUUCCACCUAGAACAAGGGGAAGAACCUUGGGUCCCAGAUAGCCCUCACCCUGAGGAGGGAGAUAUUGUCACUGGUGUCUACACAGGAGCCUGGUUCUGGAAUGACGAUAUAGAGGACCACGAGGAGGAAGAUGAUGAGGACUUCCUGGCAGAGAUGGCGGAGGAGGAGAACGAGCCACCAGGGCUAUGGUCCGCGGCCUAUGGCGUGGGGGAUGUCCCUGGGACGUGGGGCCCUGACGAUUCGGAUUCAGCCCAGACUCCAGAGGAGUGGGGGCCGGACCCAGGCAGCCUUGGGGUCCUGGCGGAGGAAUGUGAAGCAAAGCCCUUCCUACCUGGCCGGGAGCCAGGCUCGAACCUUCUGGCUCCCUGGUCGUUCCCCACUGCAGUGGCUGCCCCCACAGGGCGGCCUGAGACCACUUGCGAUGUAUGUGGCAAAGUAUUCCCACACCGGUCGCGGCUGGCCAAGCAUCAGCGCUACCACGCGGCUGUAAAGCCUUUUGGCUGCGACGAGUGUGGCAAGGGCUUUGUGUACCGCUCACACUUGGCCAUCCAUCAGCGCACACACACUGGCGAGAAGCCCUUCCCCUGCCCGGACUGCGGCAAGCGCUUUGUUUACAAGUCGCACUUGGUGACGCACCGGCGCAUCCACACUGGCGAGCGGCCUUAUCGAUGCGCCUUCUGUGGCGCAGGCUUYGGACGCCGCUCUUACCUGGUGACACACCAGCGCACACACACGGGCGAGCGGCCCUACCCAUGCCCACACUGCGGUCGCAGCUUCAGUCAGAGCUCCGCACUCGCGCGGCACCAGGCUGUCCACACAGCCGACAGGCCGCACUGCUGCCCUGACUGCGGCCAGGCUUUCCGCCUACGUGCCGACUUUCAGCGCCAUCGGCGUGGUGGAGGCUGUACAGAACCCAGUGGUGACGGCCCGCGACAGGAGUCCAGUGAGGUGGCUGCCACAGUGGGGCCCGAGGAGCAGGAAGCUGGGCCAGAGGGGCCUGAGGAGCCUGAGGCCGUUGAAACAGAUGGAGACCCCGAAGCGGAGGCUAGAGAGGAGGUGGCGGCAAUAGCGGAGGCGCCUGCUCCGGAGAGCAAGAAAGACCCCGAGCCAGACAGGCGGUUCCUGGAGAUGGGCAAUGGCCUGGGGGAGGGCGAAGGCCCUUCCUCGCACCCACUUGGUUUCCACUUUCCUGUGCAUCCCAAGUCUUGGCUCCACCCUGAUGGCUUUCCCAUCCUUGGCCUCCCAAACUUUGGAGAACGGCURCCGGCAGACGGGCGUCCCUUGCAGGGACCUUUGGGAAGCCCGCUGUCCCUGGUGGAGGGCACAGGGCUGGCCUGCGACCCUUUUGGUGGCGGCAGUGGUGGAGGCGGUGGUGGCGGACUGCGUGCCUUUGGGCCCACGGUUGGAGGGCUACUGGCAGAGCCAGCGCCCGCCGCGUUGGCAGAGGAGGAGAGCCCGUGGAUCUGCUCGGACUGUGGCAAGACUUUCGGGCGCCGUGCCGCGCUAGCCAAGCACCAGCGCUACCAUGCGGGCGAGCGGCCUCACCGCUGUGCUGACUGUGGCAAGAGUUUCGUGUAUGGCUCGCAUCUGGCGCGUCACCGGCGCACGCACACGGGAGAGCGGCCCUUUCCAUGCCCGGAGUGCGGGGCGCGCUUUGCCCGCGGCUCACACCUUGCAGCGCAUGUGCGCGGCCACACUGGCGAGAAACCUUUUGUGUGUGGUGUGUGUGGUGCUGGCUUCAGUCGCCGCGCUCACCUGACGGCGCAUGGGCGAGCACACACGGGCGAGCGACCCUAUGCAUGCGGUGAGUGCGGCCGGCGCUUUGGGCAGAGUGCCGCGCUGACACGGCACCAGUGGGCACACGCAGAGGAGAAGCCGCACCGCUGCCCCGACUGCGGCAAAGGCUUCGGCCACAGCUCGGACUUCAAGCGGCACCGGCGCACGCACACAGGAGAGAAGCCCUUCCGUUGCGCCGACUGCGGCCGCGGCUUCGCACAGCGUUCCAACCUGGCCAAGCACCGGCGUGGCCACACCGGCGAGCGGCCUUUCCCGUGCCCCGAGUGCGGCAAGCGCUUCUCACAGCGCUCGGUGCUCGUGACCCACCAGCGUACGCAUACAGGCGAGCGACCCUACGCCUGUGCCAACUGCGGCCGCCGCUUCUCGCAGAGCUCGCACCUUCUUACUCACAUGAAGACGCACCGUGGUGCGACAGGUGCGCCGGGGCAGGCAGCAGCGGCGGCCCCGGCGCCUAAGGCCGAGGCACCCACCAAGGGACUCUUGAGUGCUAAUGCGAGUUCCGGGUCAGGGGAGCGCGGUAGCACCUUGCUGGAGUUCGCUGGUGGGACGAGCUUCGGCUCGGAGCCUGCGACUGCAUUUGCGGGGCCCUCGGGUACCUAUGAGGAAAGCAUCAUGUGAGGGGCCCAAGGCAGCAGGAAGUUCAACCCUCUAGGUCACCGGCCCCUCCCCUGGGCGGCUCGGGCGCAGGCUGCUACGGGCCUGCCCCUUACCCCUCUGGCCUAGGAGUGGGGCCGAGGGUUCCAGUCCUGGGUGCGGUGCCUUCCUUCAGCCCUGAGUGUACCGCCUUCCGCCCCACCGCCUCGGGUUUCUUUCCRCCGGGCCCCAGAGGAGGGCGCCGUUGCCCUGGAGCACGAAUGGCUGUGUGGGGCGCGCUCCGGAGAGCACAGCAGCGAGUGGAGGCGGCCAGGGCUGGGGUCUGCCAUCCCUGACAAAGACUGCAACAUCUCUGGGUCUAUGCUGCCAGGCAGGGUGGUAGGGAUGGUGGGCGAGGCUAUUUAUUUUACUGGGAUUCCAAUUUGGGUGGCCCAGGUAAGUGACUUAGGAGUUUGUAACUGGGUUUUACAUCGAGGUCGGAGAAGCCCUUGUGUUGGGGAGGGUGGGCUGGUCGAAGUAAGAGCAUCCGGCUGCUGGGGUGGGUCAGUGUCAAGUCCUGUCUUCUGGGUUCAGCUGAGAACUUCUUUCAUUCCUUAGUGGGAGAUUCAGGGACCUUUCAGUGGUUUGUGUGUAUCAGAAAGUUUUAAGAACUGCGUGGGUGACAAAAGGAAGCCUUAUAGGUUUCCAAAGAACGGUGUUCCUCAAUAAUCCAGGGAGGAAAUGGAAAAGCUUUGAUUCUGUCGACUGUGGAUAUUUAUUUCUGUCUCUUGUAUGGCCUGAAGAAUGUGGGAGGACAAAAAGCCAGAAACCAAAUUUGUGGUCAGGGCUGACGGGUUAUAGAUAUUCACAGGGUCCCCAGAGAGUUUGAAGCCUUAUUCUCUAAAGUUGUUCACUCGCCUCACUCCACAUCACUGAGAUCAGCCAGGCGUUAGCCUUGGGUGGGUUUUGAUCUCAGUUUCCCAAGUAAGUCCUUUGGUCCUCCCACCUCUGGCAGCUGGAGAUGGCACACUCAGACAUCCUUGGGACACCCCAUUCAGGCUCUUACACACCUGGGUCCUAGCUUUCAAUUCUCCCAGCUGCCACGUCUCCUGGAGCAGGGGGAUACAUGGAGACCUGCCCUUCUGAGUCCAGUGCUCAUUUAUAUUAAAGCACUGAGAUUGGUCCAAGGACCUUCCCCAUGUCCCAUACUUAGGGCCCUACAACCUUCACAUGUCCCUUUAACUUUGCUUCAGUCAUUCUACACUAGAAACGAGUAGUGUUUCUGUCUAGAUUCACAUUUCACAGAUGGGUCAGUGGAAGCACUGAGGGUUUGGUGGCUUGCACAGUGGCUGCCCACAGGGUGUGGACCUGAGCCCCUAGCUCAGUGAUAAACUAAGUACCCCACUAUGCAAGGCCCCUGCCUGGUGGAUGCCUCACCCUCUAGACUGGACUGUUGGAAGCCACUGGGCAACAGCUGAGACACUUCUCAUGUGAGGCCCCCUCCCUUUGUGCUUUUUGGGCCARUGUGAUUGGGGCCAGAGAACUGAGAUUUUUAAAGUGACUGCAUUCCCUUAGACCUAGUUCCUUCUGUUUUAGUGUAGACAGGCCUCAGGGGCUGAGAGCCAGCAGCCAGGCUGCUAGGGGCUGGGUGGGGUAGGAGGCGUCGUAGUUGGUGGGUGGGAAAGGGCCUGGGUAGUGGUGGUAAGAACUAGCCUGGCCGGAGUGAGGUGGUGGGGUGGGGUGGUGAGGAGGAUAAGGGUCCCAGGGAGGGACAUAAGCAAUGGCCUCUCUGUUCCAGGUUUCUUCUCUCCCCAUGUCUUCUGGGACAUGAGCCUCAGGAAGGGUCAAAGGCUGGAGGAGGUAGGGGUUGGGGGUGUCUCUGACCUUGCCCUAGUGGCCAGGGCCUGGCACUGUGCCCAUCCCUCCCAAGCCCCAGCUGCUUCUGCCCUGCCUGAGCUGUCUGCAGGAAGACCUAGCUUUAAUAAAGAGUGGAGAAAC